AUGGGUAAAAAAAAGGAUAAACGGGGUUCAAAAACGGAUAAAUGGGGGUUUGAUCAAAUUUUGCUAAUUUGUUAUAAUUUUCCAUCUUUCGUUUCUACAGGCCCUUUCAGCCAAAGGGUUCUUCUGACCUUGGAGGAGAAGAAAGUGCCCUACAAAUUGCACUUAAUCAAUCUCAGCGACAAACCCAGUGGUAUUUUACUUUUGAAUCCAGAGGAGAAGGUGCCUAUGGUGAAGUUUGAUGACAAAUGGGUGGCGGAUUCUGAUGUCAUUGUUGGGAUCAUUGAGGAAAAGUACCAUGAGCCUUCUCUCAAAACUCCUCCUGAAUUUGCUUGUGUAUGA